AUGGAUCUGGUUGGCAUAACCGAUGAAGUCACUAAGAUGAACGUACUGAAGGUGAAGGCCGGAUUCAAACUGUUGGAAGUUCUUGAGGGCACUCCCCCGCAAACGUCACCGGAUGAAAUAUUGCAGACAAAGGUACUAGCAGGAUGCCGAGAUCAGAAGUACUAUCUAGACGAUGUAAUAGUGCACGGUGCAACAAAAGAGGAACACGACGAAAACCUGAACGCUGUGCUCUGUCGGCUUCACGAACAUAAUGUGCGGAUCAAUAUGGACAAAACAAGUAAACGGGCGAUUACUCGGGCUGAGUCGUGGGUCUUAAGGCUACAAGCAUUUGAUUUCGUCGUAAAGCGUAUACCGGGUCAUCUAAACGUGACAGAUGCCCUAUCGCGUUUGAUAGCUCAAACUCGCCAAGACGAACCGUUUGAUGAAGAUGAUGAAAAGCACCUUCUAUAUCCGUUGGAUAGCGGACUGAUGAGUGUCACUUGGAAGGAUAUAGAGCAGACCUCGGAAAGUGACACAGAGCAUCUCGCAGUGAAAAUGUCCAUAGGAUCUCGGUGUUGGCCAGACAAUCUCCGAAGAUAUGAGGCCGAAUCGAAAUCUCUGCGUUUGUUAGGGUCAAUAAUUUUCAAGGAUGAUAAGAUUGUGCCUGCUACUGUUAUUCGUACAAAGGUAUUGACGACGGCUCAUCAAGGCCAUAUUGGAUGCGCGGCGAUGAAACUCUUUAUGAGAGAGUACUUUUGGUGGCCAAAUAUGAGUAAGGAUGUGGAGUUGUUUGUAAAGGGUAGCGCAACAUGUCUGGCUAUCUCGAGAAAGAAUCCACCAGUACCUCUAACGAAUCGCUCUUUGCCCGAUGGACCAUGGCAAUUGCUGCAAAUUGACUUUUUGUCCGUACCAGGUUGUGGAUCAGGGGAAUUUUUAGUCGUGGUCGAUACCUUUUCAAGGUAUAUCGCUGUGGAGAUGCAAAGUACUGAUGCAAAGAGUACUAACAUGGCACUCAAUCGAAUCUUUUUGACCUGGGGAUUGCUGUUGACCAUACAGAGCGACAAUGGCCCACCAUUUCAAAGCAGUGAGUUUAUCGAAAGAUGGGAAGAAAAGGGCGUGAAGGUCAACAAAUCGAUCCCUCUGAACCCGCAGUCCAACGGUGCCGUCGAACGUCAAAAUCAGGGGAUCAUUAAAGCCUUGGCUGGUGCCAAACAAGACGGUUGUAACUGGAAGGAUUCCCCACAAGCAUAUGUACAUGCACACAACACUAUCAAGCCACAUGCACGCCUUGGCAUUACGCCCUUCGAGUUAUUGGUGGGGUGGCGAUACCGUGACUUCUUUCCGAGUUUGUGGGAGUCGAAGCUAAUCAACGAAUUGGAUAGAUCUGAUGGGCGAGAUCAGGACGCGGUUGCGAAUUUGGUGAGUAAGAAAUACGCAGACCAUCGCCGAGGGGCAAACGAUUUUUUUCCACUGAACAGUACACAGUUCUAA